UGCAAUUUGACAUUUGUUGGUCCCGCUAAUAACCAAAACAGAAGACAAAAAAAAACAAAUACGAAAAUUUACAUUUUGUCGGUCUUUUGCUCUUUCCGUCGGGGAAAAAGUUGGUGUGAUUCAUUUAGAAAGCUAGCAAAUGAUUCAAACGAUUUAUAAUCAGUGCCAGUGUUUCUUGUGAAACAAUUUCCUUCCCGCGAUCUAUCGAAUGAGCAAUGUGAUAAAGCAAUGGCGGAAAGCGCUACCAUUCUGAACACCCCAGUAGAUGAACAAGCCCAGCGAGACCUUGCUUCGUCCGAACAAGAUGCCCAAAGCGUAACAUCGGAAGAAUCUCCCUACGACACAGGCUACCGAAGCUACCGCUAUGGAUACCGCCCGUCGUACAAUUCCGAUGACGAGCCGGAAGAUGACGAUGAGGGCGAGGAAGACCCGUACCAGGAGCUGUUUAUGAAUGCGUACCGCUCUGCACCGCAAUCGUCGGACGAAGAGGAGGAAACGACCGGCGAGGGAUGCCUGAGCAAAGUGUGCAAUCCGGACGCAAAGCCACUCUCCCUGAUGGAGGAUUGGGAUCUGUGGGAUUACAUGGACGAAAGUGAACUGAAGGAACGGUUAAAGGACCAUCCACGGCUGCUGGAAGAGAUUACCCGCAAACGAAAGCGGCGCAUGCUGGAGGAGGAGGACGGUGCGACGGCUCGCGAAGACGACGAGCUGUGCGAUGUGAUGAACCGGGCCAUUAAGUGUGUCCGUACGGAAACGCCCAGUUUAACCAGUUAAAACAGUUGGCGUGAUCGGUAUUUUUUGUGUGAGAAAUAUGCCUUUCUUUUAACUGCUUCCAGCAAACAAUUGACAUUGCUUUUUCGCAUCUUAAGCUGUGUUACUUUUAUGUGGAUUAAUUUUUUAUUGAGUUUAAACGUCGUGUACGACGAUAUAGAAUUUAACGAAUUUUCUCUCAUGGGUGUAAAAUUCGAAAUAGGAUUUUAUAACUGGAAACAAAUACCCAGAUGCAAAGGAGCAAAUCGUAUCAAGUGAUUAGAACGUCUAAGAACUGCUUAGUGCCUAGCGGCAAUAGUGAUGUGAAAUACUUCUCAAACGAAUUUAUCAGUCAUUAUGUACUCGCGGAGAGGAAAAGAGUACUUUACGAUAAGAUUGUUGGUUAAAGUAUAGUUUUAAAGGUAUUUAGUACGAAUAGAAUCGUAAAGAAUAUAUUCGUCAACUUAAAAAAGCUGAAGUAAUGAAAUGGAAUAUUGCGUUGAAAUAAAUCGACUUAUUUAAACAAA